AUGGGUAACAGUUUCUCCCAAAUCUUUCCUCCUAAGCCUCAAUUCACAGAGAAUAACCUCCCAGAUCAAACAGGCAAGGUCUUCAUCGUCACCGGCGCCUCAACAGGAGUCGGCCUCGCUCUGGCUGAACUCCUCUACUCCCACAACGCAAAAGUCUACGUUGCUGCCCGCUCCUCCGAAAAAGCCACGAAAGCAAUAUCAAGCAUCCAAACCGCUCACCCCAAAUCCAAUGGCGAGCUCAUCUACCUCCACCUGGAUCUCGACGACCUAACCACCAUCAAAGCCUCCGCAAAUGACUUCCUAUCCAAAGAAACAAGACUAGACGUCCUCUGGAACAACGCCGGAGUAAUGAAUCCCGCCCCGGGAAGCAGGACCAAGCAAGGCUACGAACUGCAAAUUGGAACGAACAACGUAGCACCAUUCCUCUUUACCAAACUCUUGACUCCAAUCUUGAUCAAGACGGCGAAAAGUAGCCCUACAGGCUCCGUCCGCGUGGUCUGGGUAUCCUCGAGUGCAGCCGAGUUCGUGGCUCCGAAAGGAGGCGUGGAUAUGACGAAGUUGGACGGGAACGAUAAAUCCGUGUUUAAGUAUUACGGAUUAAGCAAAGGAGGGAAUAUCCUCCAUAACAAAGAGUUCGCGAGACGGUUUGGUGGUGAGGGUGUUAUUAGUGUGGCACUCAAUCCGGGGAAUCUCAAGACGCCGCUUUAUCGUACAGCGGGGUCGCUUCAGAAUAAAUUCCUCAAUUUCUUCAUCUUGCAUGAGCCGAUCUUUGGUGCUUAUACGGAGCUUUUUGGUGGACUUUCGUCGGAAAUUACACCUGAGAUGAAUGGGACGUGGGUUGUUCCUUGGGGACGAUUUGCUCCUCUGAGAGAGGACUAUGAAGCAAGUUUCAAGAGUAAGGACGAGGGUGGGACGGGUCUUGCGAGGGAGUUUUGGGAGUGGACGGAAGAGCAGGUUAAGGCUUAUUUAUGA